AACCAUAAUAAUAAAAAGUUGAAGUUAAAUAAUAAUAAUACAAAUUUGUACCGUCUAAUAUGUCAAAAUAUUUGCUAUACAUCUUCUUGCAAUAAUGUUAAGCUGCUAUUCAUGUAUUUCUAUAUGCCUGGUAAACUAGGAGUCACAGUGACAUUUUAUUAUUCAAAACAGCAUUCUGUUCCCACUGACAUUGCAGUUAUGUGCACGGUUUCUUAUCUUUAGGAUGUGAAUAUAUAUCAUUGUGCUUAUGACAGACGCUCCAAAGACCCCCUCAGUGAGCGUGAGACCCCCUGGUGAAAUAAAGGAGGGAGGUUCAGUGACUCUGAGCUGCAGCAGUGAUGCCAACCCAGCAGCUGACUACACCUGGUUCAGGGAACAUGGAGGCUCAGUGGAGGAAUUAGGAGAGAACUACACCAUCAGUAACAUCACAACUGAGCUUGGAGGACAUUAUUACUGUGAAGCUCGUAAUGCAGUUGGACUUCAGAAUUCAACUUUGAUGUUCCUUAAUGUGACAGCCACUCCAUCGUCAUCAUCAUCAGGGCCUACAACUGUGGCAGCAGGAACUGUAGCUGUUUUACUGGCCACCAUGCUCCUCGUCAUCUUCCUCUGGAUGAGAAGAAAGAAGGCUUCUAGGAAGGCACCUGGCCAGGGAGGAAGGCCAGAUACCAGGCAGGAGCCUCCUCCGUGUCCUGUGUAUGACAACGUCCCAGCCCUGACCAAUCGCUCGGCUUCUGCAGCACAGAGAGAACCAAUAGAAGAGCAGGAUGACCCUCACUAUCCCAGCAUCCACUUCUCUCGCUCUAAGAACCAGGAAGUGCCUCGUGGGUUUGCUGGUGCUCUGGUAGAGUCUGAUCAUACAGAGCAGGUCCUUUACUCUGCCAUCAACCUUAAAAGACCCAAGGCUGUCCCUGAGUAAGCACUCUUGAUAGUUCUCCAAAAUAAACUUUGAAGCUUGAGACUUCACCCUAGCUUGUGGAGGCAAAGCCAUUUAUAAACCGUGGACAAUUUAGUUUCUUAACUUCUCUUUUUCGUUUUCACUUCUUCUUUUCAUUCAUUCAUUCGUGUCAGAUCCCACCAUCAACUAAACAGCCCAAAAAAUGCAUUGUUUUUAAUAUAGAUUCAGCAUUAAAUGGGUUUUGAUAACA